UUCAUUUCUCUAACUGCGAGAAGACGUUGCCAAAAACCCAUCUGCACCCAGUAUGUGGAAGGGGGAUUGUAGAAAACCACAGCAUGCUUGAAUUCAGAAAGUAUGAGUGACGGUCCGGCGUGUUGUCCAGCUGCCGUGGAGCUCUGGCGGAUGGGAAGUUCUGAGUCAGAGGCGGAGGACCAGUAACUUUUAUAGACUUUCAAGUCCACCGCCUCCAAGUAGCCGGCAGCCCCAGUUUAGGCUCAUUUCACUCAGGGAUUGUGCGUCUGGAGAGCUUAACAUUAGACCAGUGUUUUAGGUUAUGUGUUGUCCAGGGCGUCUUGAAGCGACAAGGAAAUGCCAUUUGCCUGAAGAAGAGGUUUCUGUUUUUUUUGUGAUUGGCAAUGGAGAAUAAGUGAAAGGGACAUUUCUCGGGAUUAACCGAGAGAACAACGACAGAAUGCAGGAGAGGGACCUACAGAACAUGUACGGAAGGGCACUGCUGCUGACCGUCUGUAUGGUGUCUCUCUGGGGACAACUGACCAGUGCAUCCUCACACAGAAGCCACAUAGUUCAUGUGAAAGCAGGAACCUGUGAGGUAAUUGCCGCACAUCGAUGCUGCAACAAGAACAAGAUCGAAGAGAGAUCCCAGACUGUCAAAUGCUCCUGCUUCCCCGGACAAGUGGCAGGAACAACAAGAGCAGCUCCAUCUUGUGUAGAUGCAUCCAUAGUUGCACAGAAGUGGUGGUGCCAGAUGCAUCCCUGCAUGGAUGGAGAAGAGUGUAAAGUGCUGCCAGAUCUCAAAGGAUGGAGCUGCAGUACAGGAAACAAAGUUAAGACAACUAAGGUCACCCGAUAGUUGUCUGUUCCAAGGAUAACCAGAUUUGAAACCAGACACUGUUUCUUUGAUCAGCACCAUUGGACAUUUGGAUAUCAUGUGAUUUGAGGAUUGGUGGAAACCAGGGACCAACAAGGACAAUAAUCACAGACAUUCCAGUGAAUGAAUGGAGGACCAGGGAGCAUCAUAUAAGACUACAUAUCCAAACAGAUUCCUGACUUUUGAUCUAGCAUCAACAGUAGCUGUCUCUGAACUCUACUGCCCACCAAAUCUUUCUUUGUAUUAUAGUUUUAUUCCUUUGGACUAGAAGACUCACCAAUGAAGAUAUAUAUUGACUAAAGGACUCUGGAUGGCACCAGAAAAAAAAAGAUCAUCCUUGAAACAAAACCAUGUGAUGUGAAACUUUUGUGUUAUUUUCUUGCCACAAAGAGCUCCAGGACUCUUGAUGCAUAUCUGUGUUGAAGAUCUCGUGAGAUCAUAAGCAUUUGCGUUCCUUUUAGCCUUAUGGAGCAGAUAUCUCUUCUGUUUCUUCUUGUUAUUUUCAAGUGUCUGGCUUUUUUAAGUUUGUUAGGAUGUCAAGUCUUCUUUUCAAAGACAAAAGACAAUGCCACAACAGUGAAACCAAGAAAAAAUGUAAGAUGUUUAGCUACAGCUCACCAAGGGUCAACAUGGCUCAGUUCUGCCAAAAUGUUUUAAUGAUAUCUGUUGUUUUCAAAGC